AUGCACACGACUCAGAAGGACACGACGUACACCAAGAUCUUCGUCGGGGGGCUGCCCUACCACACCACGGACGCCAGCCUGCGCAAGUACUUCGAGGUUUUCGGCGAGAUCGAGGAGGCGGUGGUCAUCACCGACCGGCAGACGGGCAAGUCGCGGGGCUACGGAUUUGUCACCAUGGCUGACCGGGCUGCUGCGGAAAGAGCCUGCAAGGAUCCCAACCCCAUAAUUGAUGGCAGGAAGGCCAAUGUGAACCUGGCAUACUUGGGAGCAAAACCAAGGAUCAUGCAACCAGGUUUUGCCUUUGGUGUUCAACAACUUCAUCCAGCCCUUAUACAAAGACCUUUUGGGAUACCUGCCCACUAUGUGUAUCCACAGGCUUUUGUGCAGCCUGGAGUGGUCAUUCCACACGUCCAGCCGACUGCAGCUGCUGCCUCCACCACACCUUACAUUGAUUACACUGGAGCUGCGUAUGCACAAUACUCUGCCGCAGCUGCUGCUGCCGCCGCCGCCGCCGCCUAUGACCAGUACCCCUACGCAGCCUCUCCAGCUGCUGCAGGAUACGUCACCGCCGGGGGCUACGGCUACGCUGUGCAGCAGCCAAUCACCGCCGCGGCACCUGGGACAGCUGCCGCCGCCGCUGCAGCAGCUGCCGCCGCAGCAGCGUUUGGCCAGUAUCAGCCUCAGCAGCUGCAAACAGACCGAAUGCAAUAGACCAGCCAUCUGAUCAAAGUUGAAUUGUUUUCUCUUUCCCUCCCAAUUUCCCCAAUUUUUAGUAGCUAAUAAGAGUUAACAUUAACAGCUUUAAAAAAAAAAAAGCUAUGCUUUGUGAAGCAGAAUUAUUGUUAUUUUUAUACUCCAGUAGUGUUCUAGAUGAGAAAGAGGUGAGAGAGAGGGGAGUGGGCGCAGUUUUGGAAACCAAUCCCAAAGAGCCUGAGGAAAUGAAAGGCCGCUAGGAAAGGAUGGCGGAAGUAACAAUGGAACUUCACUUUUAUAAUGGGAUUUUUAUUUUUGCUCUUUUUAUAGUAUCAGGGAAGCAAACUGCCUUUUACAAGUUAGAAAAUGCUAUUUGAAUCUUGUUGAACCAGGGAAUACAGAGUGAGCAAUACAUAGCUUGAAUUUCAUUUAAAAGCAGAUUUUUUUU